CCGGAAGCGCGAUGAACUCCCGCCUCGCGCUGGGGUUGGGGGUCACGCGCGCCGACGGUGCGGGCUGAGGGCGGCUCGUGGGGCUCUGGUUCGCUCAUGGAGGGCUCCGGAGAUGAAGAGCCGGAGGCUGACGGGCCGCUGCAGCAGCUGGUGAAGCGGCAGCGCAAGGAGAAGCGAGAGCUCCAGGCAAAAAUUCAAGGCAUGAAAAAUGCUGUUCCCAAGAACGAUAAAAAGAGACGAAAACAGCUGGCUGAUGAAGUUUCCAAACUAGAAGCAGAACUUGAACAGAAGCACAAGGAGGAAUUAAAGCAGCUGAAGGAAGUCUCACCUGAGCAGAAUAAGACAGAUUCUAUAGCUGAUGGGGUUGCAAAUUUAGAGCUUGAAGGAGUAGAGCAACAUAUUCAGCAUCCUCGAAUAUCAAAAGCACAGAAGAGGAGGGAGAAAAAAGCUGCCUUGGAGAAAGAAAGAGAAGAAAGGAUAGCUGAAGCUGAGAUAGCAAACUUAACAGGUGCUAGACAUCUUGAAAGUCAGAAACUUGCUUCCCUGUUGGCAGCAAGGCACUUGGAGAUUAAACAGAUCCCUUCAGAUGGCCACUGCAUGUACAGAGCUAUUGAAGAUCAGCUCAAGGAUCAACAAAAUUCCUGGACUGUUGCAACUCUGAGGAAUCAAACAGCAAAGUAUAUGCAGAGUCACUUUGAUGACUUCCUGCCAUUUCUUACAAAUCCUAGUACUGGAGAUAUGUAUAGCAGAGAAGAAUUUGAAAAAUACUGUGAUGACAUAGCAAAUACGGCUGCAUGGGGUGGUCAGCUGGAACUAAGGGCUUUGUCGCAUAUUUUGCAAACACCUAUUGAAGUUGUGCAAAUGGAUUCCCCUCCCAUUAUUGUUGGUGAAGAAUAUUCAGGGAAACCAAUAAUACUUGUGUAUAUGAGACAUGCCUAUGGAUUAGGAGAACAUUACAAUUCUGUAAAACUUCUGACAGACACUGCUACAGAAAAUGGCAGCUAGCAUACAAAAAUCAGAUACCUACUUGGAUAACAGUUGCAUCUUGAUGUGUUGGGCUCCAGACAAUUCCCAGAUAGACUGGAAAGUAAAACUAAAUGUAAUGGAUUAAAAAUGAAAAAUACUUACAAAGUUUGACUGUAAAUCAGAAAUAGCUCUUGAUUUAAAACAAAACCAAACAACAGUAUUUUGAACUUGUUGAAAUUAAUUAUGCUUAGAAGAUCUGCUCCAAAAAGAUGGCUGCGUAGAUUGGAUCUUUCUUUCUUCCUCUUUUUUUUUUUUUUUUUUUUUUUUAAUAGAGCGUCUUCCCAUGCUGCAGUGAAAAUACUGAGUAGUAAAUAUUUUGGUAAAUCUGCAUUUCUGCUGCAGAGUUCAGAUUACCUGAAGGUUCUUGUUACAUUCUUUCUGGCAGGUUUUGAUUACUGUGGAAGAGUAAAGGCAUUUAAAAUAUUUGAUUUUAUUUUGAUGCAUGGAAUAUCCUCUACAAUGUGUUGGUUUUUUUUUUUAUUUCCAGCAGGAUCUAGCUUUAACACUGUAGUAGAGAUCUUGUUUAAUUGGGCAGAGAAGGGCAGGAGGCAAAUCCAGUAGUAGAGUAUCUAGCUUGUCUGAAGGAAUUGCACAAUUUAAAGACUUUUGCCUAAGAUUUUACUAAGAUUUGAGGGCUUCACUUGUUUUUUUCCUUGCAGUUUACAGUAGGUCAGCUGAACACUUGGUACUGUUCCUAGUACUGAAUCUGUAGGAAAAGCACUGUUGUUUGUGACUAUACAUCAUAAUAUUGAUGCAGGUUAAAUGUGCUUUUCAUCCUUCAUAGUCUUUCAUCUGUGCAUUUCAGUGACACUGAAAUCUUACAAACAAGAAGCUUCUCAAUAUCCUCACUUGAGGUAGUGAAACUCAUCUGACCUCAUAAUCUAUGGAUCUGCUAAGCUAAACAGUGUUCUAAAGUAUGAUGUUUUGUAAUGCUCUAAAACAGAUGGUUGCAUACAGGUGUCAAACUAAACACUUCGUGUUUUGUUAGUAACUUUAAAGGUGAUCUGCAGAAGAAUUAAGCUUGUUCUCAUUGCUCCUUAUGAUGCACAGAGACUUGAAAGGUGGAGGUUUUUUAAAAUGGCUUGGUUAUUUUACAUUAGAAGUGCUGAUUUUUGUCUUUAAGUUACUGUAAACGUGACGCCAAAAUUAAGCACCAUACUGAAACCAAAGUUAUGAUGUAGUCGUUUUCUAAUCAUAGAAGUGGGUGGUGUUUUUUUUUUGUUUUGUUUUGUUUUUAAAUCUUAGUCAAUAGCAUGAUAAUUUGUCUGUAUUUUAGUGCUGAUGAAUUGGUUUGGAGAAAAUCAGUUCACACCAAGCUUAAACAUCUUUGCUCUCCUUUGAGGAUUAUGAGCUAACAGUGCACAUCUUGUAGUCCUUCAGUAAAGCUAGCCAGCAGAUUGACAUUCUUGGGAUUUAUAAAUUACAAAGAAAAAGCUGCUCUUAAGAAGGAGGAGGUAAGUGUUCACUUUAUGGAUCAGAAUAUGUCUUGAUUUAAAGCACUUUGAAAGAGAGGGAGGGGAAAAAUAUCAGACAAUUGUAGCAGGGAGGUUUGGACAAGCAAAAUUUGAAUUAUGGCUUUAGACUGGUGCCUGCUGGGAAAACAAAGUAUUAAUCAGAUGAAGAGAUUUUUUUACAUCCUUAUUUAUCUGAUACAGUAUAGCAAAUAGAGCUGUAUUUAUAGCAGCUGGUUUAAUGUAGAAUUUGGUUUAUUACCUUGGUUAUAUAAAAUGAUGUUUUUAAUUUCAAACAAAAAAUUUGGAUACACCAGUAUGGAAAAAGUGUUUCUGUUUUUAAUACCACUAUGAAUUUCACAAAUAAUGAUGAGAAAUCCUCUUCUCUGCUGUUCAGAAUUGACAUGAUACGAAAUGCACAUGCUGCAUUUUAUAGACACCCUGUGAAAAAAGUUCUUUGGUUUUCAUUCUUGUUUCAUUAACUGACAGAGAAAAGAUGCCAGAAUUUUGGAAGGCUUGUACCAACAGUUUGUCCUGUUGAAGAUGUUUACAAUUUGUAUAAAGCAAAAUACUGUUUUAAUAUAGUGAGUGAAAGAUCCUUACUCAGGCUGUAUGGGACUUGCCAAAAAAUAAUAAAUUGAUUUAUUUGUGGCAAA